GUGGCGUGGAUCAAGCUCCAGGAGAUGCGCCUUUCGGGGGUGGUUUGCAACUUCAUCUGGAACGUUAUACUCAUGAUGCUCUGUGCAUUUACAAUGUAUUACAUAAUAAAGACGUGGUCGCUUUUAGGGGAAAUGUCUGAAAAACUGAGAAGAUGCAGAAAGGAGCUGACUGCAGCCAUUGACCGAGCCUUUGAAGGUGUCAGUCAUUCCCAGGAGUGCUCAGGCCAGCAGAGGCUGGAGCAGAAUACCGCGCCGCCGCUCUCCUUCCCCCUCCCUGUGCACCGGCUCCUCUGCAGGAGGCACCCGCUGGCAGCCUGCUCCUCCUCCCCUGCUCCUUUUGCUCCAGUCCCUUGUGCUUCUGAGACAGAGAGCCCUGCCUUUGCUCCAAACCAUGCCCCAAUGAAUGCAAAGCCACAUGCUUUAUGCGCGAAAAGAAAACCUCUGACCAGUAAGGAAAACGUAUUGAUGCAUUCCUCCAUUUUGGCACCCGAAAGACAGUUUUGGAGAGCUGCGGGAAAUGGGGAGAACUGGAGAAAAGACAGCCUAAGGAAAGAUAUGGAGAAAGAUUUGAAGGUUGACUCAAACAUGCCACUCAGCAAUUCUAACCAAGAGGUCACAAAGGAUCUGCUUGAUAUGAUCGACCAUGCAAGCAUCCGAGCUAUUGAAGAACUGGCUGGGAAGCUAGAAUUUGAAAAUGCGCUGAGCCGUGUGUGUGGCCGCUGCGGAGGCUCGCCCUUCAGGGAGGAGGCCUGGGCUCUGCUCUCCGAUGAGAGCCCUCAGAAGGCCUCAGAUGCAGAGCCUGGCAGCCUCAAGCAGGCUUUUGAUGAUCACAGUAUCGUCGAGACUGUGCUGGACUUGGAAGAGGACUACAAUUUGAUGGCCUCUUUUAAAUACCAAAUUGAGAUGCCUGGCCAGCACUCCAGAUUGUCAAGGUCAUGAAGAACAAGGAAAGACUUGAAACCUGUCACAGACCAGUGAAGACACUCUGACUACAACACAGUGUGGUAUCCUGGAUUACAUCCUGGAACAGAAAGAAGACAUUAAUGGAAAAACUGGGGAAGUCUAAAUAAAGGCUGGAGUUCAUGUAUUAGUUUCUUAGCUUUGACAAAUAUGCCUCAGUUAUGUAAGGUGUUAACAUUAGGGGAAACUGGGUGAAGGGUAGAUAGAAACUGUCUUUGCAACUUUCCUGUAAAUCUAAAGUUAUUCCAAAACUUAAAAUGUAUUUAUUUUUUGAAAGUGC